CGCCUCAGGCGUCCGUCAGCGGGUGCGGAGGACAAGGCGUCGCUAGUCAGGCCACCCCCUUUUCCCCGCCUCAGGCAGGCCCGGCCGGCCUCACGCUCCGCGGGCUGGAGGCAGGUUUCCGCGGCUGCCCCGAGGCGGGAGGCAGGAUUUUGUUCCGUGCCGUCCAGGGAGAAGAUGACUUUUCAGUGGACAGCAGUUGCAACCUUCCUGUAUACUGAAAUAGGAGUGAUUUUGCUCCUCUGUGUACCGUUUAUUUCUCCACUAAGAUGGCAGAAGAUCUUUGUGAUUCCAGUAUGGAAUAAAAUAGCAAAUUAUUGGAAUAAGGCAUUCCUAACAAUAAUCGUUCUACUGAUUGUUUUGUUUCUUGAUGCUAUUAGAGAAGUGAAGAAAUACUCAACUGCACAUGGGACCGAAAAGGCUGCAAAUAUCAACCCCAAUGCCUAUGAUCAUAUUCAGAUGAAACUUUUUAGGUCACAAAGAAACCUUUACAUCUCUGGAUUCUCUCUGUUUCUCUGGCUUGUAUUGAGACGUACUGUCACCCUUAUUACUCAGUUGGCAAAAGAGAUGGGAAUUCAGGUAGCUAUGGAAAUUCAAGUAGCAAAUACUAAUGAAGCUGCCAGAAAAUACAUGGAGGAGAAUGAAAAAUUGCAACAGGCGUUGAAUGAAAAAGGGAAGUGUGAAAAUGAACAGGCACUAGAAGAAGACAAUAAAAAACUGAGGCAAGAAACUGAAAAACUGAAAGCGGAAUUAAAGAAAACUUUGAAUGCCCUUUCCAAGGCAACAAAUGAAGUGACUGCAGUUAAAAAGCAAUCUGAAGGCCUUAAAAGAGAAUAUGAUCGCCUUAUGAAAGAACAUGAACGGCUGCAGGACCUCCUAGAUGAAGAGGAGGAUAAGAAAGACCUGUAGAAGCAAUUCAGGAAAGACUGCUUAGAUAUAACUGCAUCAGUGUGAAGUCUCUUGUUCUUCUCUUUAACCUCCUGAAGUAGAUGGCACAAGGUUUGAUUUUCUUAAGAAAAUCAAAUGCACUGUAGUUCACUACUCAGAUUCUACUUAUCGCUCUUGGUUGCCAAAUAUAUUCCGUGUUGCAAUGAGAAUACUAAGUGAUAUAAGGGAUAUGCCUUGAAGUUCAUAUUUCAGUUCUUGUGAGGAAAAAUGUAAGCAUAUAAUGGAAAUUUUCCAUCUGCACUAAAAACUCAGAUGAUCUCUAUCCUUUUGCCCUCAAAAAUGGUAAAAGGAUGAUGCACAAUAACACCAAUUGCUUGUAACAUAUGAGUGGUUUUGUAAAUCACACUAAACCAUGAAAACAUGGUGACUUUAACCCUUUUUUGCCAGCAGUCCUAUGAAAUUUGAUUACUUAUGGGUUAAAUAAGGCUAAAUAUUCUUCAUUUUCCAUUCUAUUUAUGUAGAAGGAUUUGAUUGACAAUCAGUAAAAAUAUGGAAGUUAGAUUUCUAAAUCCACCUCACACUAGUUUGUUUUUUUCCCAUUGUGCCACACAGAUGGGUGUGUUUCACAAUUAUCCAUUUUGCAUGCCUUUGGGUUGUUAUUUUGGAGUACUUCAGAAUUUUUUGUCAUAAAAAAUAGUAUUGGUGGGGUUUUUAUUGUUCCCUGAUUCAUUUGUACAAGGAUUUAAAUCUAUUGUUUACUUUGUGUGUGUGUGUGCGUCCCGCUGUGCUUUCUUGCUUUGCAAAGUGUAAAAUUCUUUAAAGAACGUUCAUGUAUAAUUUACUUAUACUGAUGAAAAGCAGUUCAUGGUUUAAGGAGUAAUUCUACAAUACCUCAAAUUAAAUAUACAUUAUCUGUUCUUUUGCAUCUGACAGCUAAAUUGAGUAAUUUUUUCAUUAGUGAUUCAAAUUUUGUACUUAAAAGUUGGAUAUGAUGAUUAUAUUAAAGGGAUUGUUUAAGCUUA